UCACCACCAUCGCCGCCCUUCCUUUCACCACCACCGCUACCACCAAAAAAUGGGGAAAGGUGCUGCCUUGUCAAACGGAGUAGUGAAGAAGAUCAUUCUUUCUUAUACAUAUGCAGCACUCUGGAUCUUCCUCUCCUUCACUGUCAUUGUUUACAACAAAUACAUUCUUGACCGCAAGCUCUAUGGAUGGCCCUUUCCCAUCUCUCUAGCAAUGAUCCACAUGACCUUUUGUUCAUCUUUAGCUUUCCUUCUUGUUCGUGUUUUCAAAGUUGUUGAGUCUGUUUCCUUAUCUUGGAAUGUUUAUCUCACUUGCAUACUUCCCAUUGGUGCUCUUUACUCUGUUUCUCUUUGGCUUUCAAAUUCUGCUUACAUUUAUCUUUCUGUUUCCUUUAUACAAAUGCUCAAAGCCCUUAUGCCUGUUGCUGUUUAUACCAUCGGGAUCUUGUUUAAAAAGGACACUUUUAACAACUCCACCAUGGGUAAUAUGCUGGCAAUUUCAGUGGGUGUUGCUAUUGCUGCUUAUGGUGAAGCAAAGUAUGAUUCUUGGGGUGUUUUUCUUCAGUUGCUUGCUGUUUUGUUUGAGGCUACUAGACUUGUUAUGAAACGGAUCUUGUUGACUUCAAAGGGUAUUUUUUUGAAUCCAAUUACUUCUCUCUACUAUGUUGCUCCUAGCUGCUUGGUUUUCUUGUCAAUUCCUUGGAUUUUUGUGGAGCUUCCAAUUUUGAGACAGAGCUCAAGUUUUCAAUUUGAUUUUGCUAUUUUUGGGACU